AUGGAAAAGGAGUUGGCCUCUAACAAGGAAGACUUAUAUGUUCCUCUGAAGAGAGUCAACGGGCAAAGAGGUGAGAUCCUGAGAGGCUCUGCACCUUCCCAUUGGCUGGCUGGGUUCUCUGAAGGAAGAUCCACCCCAUUAGGAAAGAAGUUAAAACUGCCCAAAACAGGAGGAGGACCAUAUUUGGGAGACAUCACAGUUGGAAGAGGAGCAGCUGUGAAAUUCACCCACAUUUGGUUGGCCAGGGGAGAGACUCCAGCUACAAACGUGGCCAGAGGACGUCCAGCUUUCCAAUCGUCCACCUACGUGAGCCAGUUCAAUUCAGUAGCCAGAAAAGCCGUGGACGGGAACUGCAGCGGACGCUGGAUUGGGCAGAACACUUGCACCCACACGAAGCGAGAAAGGGGGCCCUGGUGGUACGUGGACCUGGGUAGCCGGUAUGCCGUCUCUUCCGUGGUGGUGAAAAACCGAGAGGACUGCUGUGGAGAAAGGCUCCAGGGGGCAGAGAUCUGCGUGGCUGACUGCGUGCCCACCCACGGGCUAUCCAAUCGUCUCUGUGGGACCAUCACCGAUACCCGCCUGGGCUCCAUCAGCACCAUCUCCUGUGACGGUCAAGUGGGACGCUACGUCAGCGUCACCAUUCCUGGCCGCACGGUCUCCCUGGCCCUGUGCGAGGUGGAGGUCUACGGGACCCAGGUGUGAAUCCAGGACCCCUGAGCCUCAGGACACGACUCCCAUCAAUCUUGACUCUCUUGAAUAAACUUACUUUGAGCAA